AUGCAGAGUUAUAGGAAUGUUGGUAAGCAAGUCGAAAGGAUAAUAAGUGGGCAAGUCGGAAGAAAUUCUGGACAGACAGUUGGAAAGCAAAUCGGAAGAGAAAUUGAAGGGAAUGUCGAAAGACCAGUGAUUAACGAGAAAGUAGAUGAUCGAAUAUGUGGUUGGGGUCCCACAUUAAGUUUUUAUUUAUCAAAAGAUCUCGAUUUGGAAGAACAUAAAGAAAACAUAUUCAAAUGCCUAAAAUUGAACUAUGGCGCUGCAUAUUCCUAUCUAAAGAGAUUUGACUCAGUUCGAAUAUUUUAUGCCGAAGAUCUUGAAAUAUGCGAAACAGAUAUUGAAAAAGAAACAGUUCCAGAGAUGUAUAGAAAUAUGUGUAUUAGGUAUAACAAUGAAAUUGAUAUCGUAACCAGUAUUUGUCCAGAACAACCUUUAGGACUUCUCUAUUUAAUGUUAGACCAAUUUAAAAGUACAGCACUACCAGAACCUACAAGAUUAUUGGAUAUAGUUAAGCUAAUAAUACCAUGGAUUGGCAGAGAAAAAGUGUCAUAUCUAAUGCAAAAUGUCGAAGAAAUUCAAGUUUAUCUCUUAAAAGAACCAGUCUCAACGACCGAUUAUGUCAGUUAUUUGGAAUAUAUCGAAGCUUCUACUGCAAAAGUAGACAAAAUGGAGGAAGAAUUAGAUUAUUGUAAAGAACUUUAUGACAUUGUAGAAGAAUUCAAUAUCAGUAUAGCCAAUGACGAAAUGGUGAAUUAUUUGGGUCUUAGUGUCGCUUUGGGUUAUUUAAGAAAUCUGGUUGAUAAAAAGAUAGAAGAAACUGCUAGAAUAAUUAAGAGAUUUAACGAUCAAAUGACAAAAGAUAUCAGUGGUUUAAUAGCUGAAGUUGGAGUUAUAAAGGAUGAAUGCAUGGUAUGUUGUCACAUGCUACCGCAUGAUCGAAAAAAAAACGGUGUCUAGUUGGCUUUGAAAUGAAUAUCGUUGACAUUCCCUAUAUAAUUUUACAUUUAAAAUGACUGCGAUUUUUUUUU